CCCGCUCUUCUCCGUCGAGAAAAGGCGUCUUGAUAAACGCCGUCUUCUGUAUUUCCUCGUCUCUCUCCCUUCCCUCUCCGAUUUUUUUGCCUUCAAUCUCUUCCCGCGUUUGAAUUUUGACUUCGAUCGACAAUGAGAGAGUGCAUCUCUGUUCACAUUGGCCAGGCCGGUAUUCAGGUCGGAAAUGCGUGCUGGGAACUUUACUGCCUCGAGCACGGCAUUCAGCCUGAUGGGCAGAUGCCAAGUGACAAAACUGUUGGAGGAGGUGAUGAUGCCUUCAACACUUUCUUUAGUGAAACUGGUUCCGGAAAGCACGUCCCACGCGCAGUCUUUGUGGAUCUUGAACCCACUGUGAUUGAUGAAGUGAGAACUGGAACUUACCGCCAGCUCUUCCACCCGGAGCAGCUUAUCAGUGGAAAGGAAGAUGCUGCCAACAACUUUGCCCGUGGCCACUACACAAUUGGGAAAGAGAUUGUUGAUCUCUGUCUGGACCGCAUCAGAAAGCUCGCGGACAACUGCACUGGCCUCCAAGGUUUCCUUGUCUUCAAUGCGGUGGGUGGAGGCACUGGCUCUGGUUUGGGCUCACUCCUUUUGGAGCGUCUGUCUGUUGACUAUGGCAAGAAGUCCAAGCUUGGCUUCACCGUUUACCCAUCCCCACAGGUAUCCACAUCUGUUGUGGAGCCUUACAACAGUGUUCUUUCCACCCACUCUCUGCUUGAACACACAGAUGUUGCUAUACUUCUUGACAAUGAGGCCAUAUAUGACAUCUGCAGAAGGUCUCUUGACAUUGAAAGGCCCACUUACACCAACCUUAACCGUCUUGUCUCUCAGGUGAUCUCUUCCUUGACUGCAUCACUGAGGUUUGAUGGUGCCCUUAAUGUGGAUGUCACUGAAUUCCAGACCAACUUGGUACCGUACCCUAGAAUUCACUUUAUGCUUUCCUCCUAUGCACCCGCCAUCUCAGCAGAGAAAGCAUACCACGAGCAACUUUCUGUGGCUGAGAUCACCAACAGUGCCUUUGAGCCCUCAUCCAUGAUGGCCAAGUGUGAUCCUCGCCAUGGUAAGUACAUGGCAUGCUGUUUGAUGUACCGUGGUGAUGUUGUGCCUAAGGAUGUCAAUGCAGCUGUUGCCACAAUCAAGACAAAGCGUACUAUCCAGUUUGUUGACUGGUGCCCCACUGGUUUCAAGUGCGGUAUCAACUACCAACCACCCACUGUUGUCCCGGGUGGUGAUCUUGCUAGGGUCCAGAGAGCUGUUUGCAUGAUAUCCAACUCCACCAGUGUGGCUGAGGUGUUCUCUCGGAUCGACCACAAAUUUGAUCUCAUGUAUGCCAAACGUGCUUUUGUUCACUGGUAUGUUGGUGAGGGAAUGGAAGAAGGUGAAUUCUCUGAAGCCCGAGAGGACCUUGCUGCACUGGAGAAGGAUUAUGAAGAGGUUGGGGCUGAAGCUACUGAGGAGGAUGGUGAUGGGGAGGAUGACUACUGAGGUAUUGGGUUUACUGGUUUCUGUACAUCACUGCUGAUUGAUAUUUCCUGUCACAGAAUUGUGCAGUCACUUUGUUGUAUCUGAGUACGCUUCUUUUACUUAUACCAAGUAUUCCUUUUCAUUCUCAGUUUUGAUUACCCUUUGAAUGCUCAUCUUUUUUUACUUAAAUUAUCAAA